CAGCCUGGCCUGGGUGGUACUGACAGAGGGAGGGAGAAAGGGGUCUGUUCAGUCUAAACUGGGUUCUGGAGUUCCUUGCUUCAGGAUUAAGCUGAAAGUCAUACAAUAGACUUCCCCUGUACGCUCCUGCCCAGAAGAAAGAACGGGGGGAUAUGGUUUCCACAACAAUGGAAAUUCAAUCAGGAAAUGGAGAGGAGUUGGAGGUGGUGAGUGGCGAGUCAUUAGCGACCUCGGGCUCCGUUUCCUCCUCGCCGUAUCUCUCUGUCCCUCAGGCAGACGGCACGGACGACCAAGUACUCCGGGAGGACCUCCAGGCUGCCAAGACCAUUGAGAGGUUUGACAUCCCUCUGAGUAACUUGAAGAGGAUGUUUGAGAAGCCCCCAGGAGCAGCCAACACUGAAGUGAGAACCGUACAGUCCAGCCCAUCCAGAAGAGCCCCAGCCAGUAGCUACCAGCUGGACCAGAAGAGGGACCCAUCACCUGGUGAGAAGAUGGCCUCAACUCAUGAGCCCAGCCUCUCUGCGGGUGGAACCAGGUCAGGACGUCCUGAGGAAAGGGAAGGGGUGGUGAGUCAGAGGAAAGGAGACGGAGGAGCGCCCACCAGCGAGGAGGCGGAGUCCGUGUCACUAAAGGAACGCAUGGCCAUGUAUCAGGCUGCCGUGUCCAAGAAGGAGGCCAGCAGCUCAUCCCCCACGGUUAUGGAGGAGUCUGAAGCCUGUUCUCUGCCAGGGGGUUUGGCCAGUGUGAAGAAACAGUUUGAGAGCCAGGAGUACGCCUCCUCCUCCCAGUCCCAGACCAGCGUUACGCAGGUCCACUUAGAAAAGAGAUCCGAGGUGUCCAGCUCACAGGAGGUGACAGUGAGGAGCAGUGUCAGGGAGGUCAUUCCCACCACUCAGCAAGUGACUCAUGAUCAAAGAGUUCAACAAAGCAACGUGGCCUCCAGUUAUGAAAACCAUUAUGAUGAAACGGUUAGGGUCAUAGGAGGAGAGGACUUACCAAAGGUCUCCACUCAGGCUUUGAAGCAGCAGUAUGAGAAGACGAUCGAGCAGGCCACGCCGGGCAAGCAAAUUAAGAUUGAUCUGGAUUACAACCAGUUUCAAUGGGCACCGGUAAACCAGUCCUCCUCAGCAGCAGCUAGCUAUGAAAGUUCCUCCACUGUUAAACAGUCAUCCAGAGCUUCAGCAGCAACGACCUCAUCCAUGGAUUAUGAGACCAUGGAGCACUUCCCUCCUCCACCCACUGAACUAAUGCCCCAGGAGGUCCCUGAGUGCUGUGACUCUCUCCCGCCUCAGGAGCAGGCUGGCCAACAGAGAUACAUCUUCAACAAGGAGCAGUACUCCAAGCAGAGGAACCGCAAUGAGCUGAAGCGUCUGUACAAGCACAUGCACCCAGAGGUGCGGAGGACCAUGGAGAAGGACUACUUCACCGACGUCACUGAGAUCGAGCAGGCACAGCUGGAUAGUGACGAUGAGAUGACCGGGGAAGUCCAGCAGGCUUGCUAUGUGUUUGAGAACAGUGGUGGGGAUGAAUGUAUGAGCCCUGAGGGAGAUUACCUGGAGUGGGACGAGAUCCUUAAAGGGGAGGUGCAGUCCAUGCGCUGGAUGUUUGAGAAUAAGCCGCUGGAUACCAUUAAAGAUGACACCCCAGAUGAGGACGAUGAAGUGAAGAACAUUGCUCAGCAGGAAAUCAUUGCAGGAAGUGAUGUCAAAUACACAGCCUGGAUGUUUGAGACCCAGCCCAUGGAUGCGCUGCGUGCAGACACCCCAGACUCCACCGUACAGACAGGGAAAUUGACCGAGCUGGCGAGAGGAGACGUACGAACAGCCACAUAUCUUUUUGAGACCCAGCCACUGGAUUGUCUGAAUAAAAUCUACCAGGAGGAUGAGCAAGCCUUGGAGGUUGUCUUCACUAAAGAUAUUACAGGAGGGGACGUGAAAACGGCCAGGUAUCUGUUUGAAACUCAACACUUGGAUUCCCUCAGCCACACAGAGACCAUUGAGGAGAGCCACUUCUUGAAACUGAAGUCAGAGCUUGAGGAGAUCAAAGGGGAAGUGAAGACAACCACACGGAUGUUUGAGACCCAGCCCAUGUGUGUUAUCAGGGGCAACUCUGGAAAUAUACUGGAGAUCACCGCCAUCCGCAGGGAGGAGAUGGAGAAAGGAGACGUAAAGACCUCCCGCUGGCUCUUUGAGACCCAAGCUCUGGACAUGAUCAACAAAGACCCUGCCAAGGUGAAGCUGAUCUGUGGAGUCUCCAUGGAGGACAACUCGCAGGGAGACGUGAACCGAGGGAGGUGGCUGUUCGAGACAAAGACACUGGACUCCAUUAAAGAUGAGGAAUGGCAAAGCAUCAGGCAAAAGGAGGAGAUUAUUGGAGCUGAUGUGCGGAAGCACUGCCUGGUUUUCGAGACACAGCAGAUGGAUACUCUGAAAGACAACGCCAAUUCCAGACCUUUACCCUCAGAGGAGAUUGUAGGAGGUGAUGUGCGAUCAGCAAAACAUCUGUUUGAGACAGUGCCAAUGGAGAACCUGAAGGAUUUGGCUGAAGUAGGGAAACUUCAGAAGAUGGUUGCGUCCGAGGAGGAGAAGGGUGAUGUUAGACAUCAGAAGUGGGUUUUUGAAAGUCAACCACUUGAAAACAUAAGGGAGGAGAAGAAGGAAAUGACAAGCUCUAUAAACCUUGAAGAACUUGAUAAGGGCGACGUCACAAAUCACAAGGAAAGAUUUGAAACCUUGGAUUUAAGCAGAUGUGAGGGGGCACAGAGAAUUCAAGUUGAAGGUGUUACCAGUGGGUCUGUGAAAUCAAACAAAGUUCUUUUUGAAUCCACCCCGAUGUAUGCCAUGCAAGACAGCGAGGGACACUACCACGAGGUGAAAACCGUGCGACGUGAGGAGAUAGUAAAAGGAGAUGUUCGAAGCUGCAGGUGGAUGUUUGAAACACGUCCUAUCGAUGAGUUUGAUGAAAGUAGCAAUAAAUUCCAGAUUAUAAAAGGUAUAUCAAAGGAGGAGAUUGAAUCGGGCGAUGUCAAGACUGCCAAGUGGUUAUUCGAAACUCAACCCCUCGAUGGUAUUAAACAUUUCAGCAACACUGAAGAAGAUGAAACUAAGACAAAGGAGAGUGUUGAAAUUGAGAAAGGUGAUGUGAAAACCUGCAGGUGGCUGUUUGAGACUCAACCAAUGGAUAAUCUGUAUGAGAAAGCAGAUAAGGUGAGGAAUGAGACUGAGGUUGAGGAGGUCAACAAAGGGGACGUCAAAACAUGCACAUGGCUCUUUGAGACUCAGAACCUCGAUAACAUCUGUGACCAUUCAGAGUGUGAAUCGGAGACCAUUCUCAAAACCUGCACUGUCAAACAAGAGGACGUCCAAGGCAAAGAUGUGCAUCAUGCUCGCUUCCUCUUUGAGACAGAGAACCUGGAGAACCUCACAGGGGAGGAGAGUGGUGCCUUCAGAAGGGUGACUAAGAUUGAUGUCCAGUCUGGAGAUGUGUCUAGGAUGAAGUUUCUCUUUCAGAAUCGGUCUUCCGACAUCAUGACCUCAACCUCAUCUGAAACAAUGCAUAAGCUGAAGACCCUUACGGCGGAGGAAAUUCAGAAAGGAAAUGUAGUGAACAACAUGUGGCUUUUUGAAAACCAACCUAUAGACACUAUCCGCAAGGAUACAGAGGAAGCCAAGGACACUCGCACCGUAACCGAUGUGCAGGGAGGAAACGUUGGUCAAGGUCGCUUCGUUUUUGAGACUUACUCUCUCGAUAAAAUCCAGGAGGAGUCCACCGAGACUGAGAUGUCAAAACUCCAGAGCAUCAUCAGGGACGAUAUAGAGAAAGGGGAUGUGAAAAGCUACACCAUGAUGUUUGAAAAUCAGCCACUGUAUGCAAUCUGUGACAAAGAGGGCCACUACCAUGAAGUUACCACUAUGACAAAGGAAGAAAUCAUGAGCGGAGACGUGGUGGGGGCCCGGUGGUUAUUUGAGACAAAACCUCUGGAUUCAAUAAGGGACACAGACGACGUCUAUGUCAUCAAAUCUGUCACUGAGGAGGACGUCCAGAAAGGUGAUGUCAGCACGGCCAGGUGGAGGUUCGAAACACAACCUCUUGAUGAAAUUGCUGAGGACAUGAAAGUGUUGACUAAAACAGUUGAAGAUAUCCAGGGUGGUGAUGUGAAGACAAACAAACACCUUUUUGAGACAGAUGAAAUGUCCCAGAAGUAUGUUAGAACUGUUAGCGUGAGUGAGAUCCAAAAGGGGGACGUCAGGACGGCCUCAUGGAUGUUUGAAACACACAGCAUCGAUAAGAUCCAUGGCGAGGGCUCAGAAUAUGAUGAAAUGGAGACAGUGACAAAAGAAGAAGUGAUGAAAGGAGAUGUCAAGCAGUCUGUGUGGCUCUUUGAAAAGCAGCCGCUUGACAGCAUUAAAGAGUCAGACGGAACAGAGACUGUUGUCACCCGGGAGGAGAUCCCACAAGCAGAUGUAAAGACAACAACAUGGCUUUUUGAAACCACUCCUUUAACCAAAUUUAAUGAGAACAGUGUAGAUAGAACUGAAAUAAUGGGGAAGAGCAUCAAAGAGACCCUUGAAGAGCUCUAUUGUCAGAAAAUGGUUGACUCACAAGGGAUUCUCAUUGAGACGGAUGAGAUAGGAGAUGUCAGAAUGGCAAAAUACAGACUCAUGAACCAAGAUGCUCCAGAAAUCCAGAAGGAGGAGGUGAUCAGAGGGGAUCUGAACAAUAUCAUGAUGAACCUCCUAAACAGACGAGACAUGACAGAGAAAGGGAUAGUCAUAGACCAGGACGAGAGAGGCAACAUCAACACAACGGUAAAACAGCUAUUCAACCAAGAAAAGGGAUUCAAUGUUGAGAAGGAGGAAAUCCUCAGAGGCGACAUUCAAGAGGCCAUCAACAACCUACUGAAGGAGGAGGGCUCCUCAAAACGUGGAAUUCUGAUUCAAGAAGAUGAAAAGGGAGAUGUGCGAAUGACUAUAUACUCCCUCCUCAAUAAGGAAGACGGUGCUGGCAUUGAGAAGGAGGAUAUCAUCAAAGGCAAUGUCAGUAGGACCCUUCACAGACUCUUGUCCAACCCAGGGUCAGAGGAAUCUAAAAGGAUAAGGGUGGAAGACACGGAGAGGGGUAACGUUAGCUUUUACUCCACCUGUAUUGAAUCUGGGGCUCUGGAUUACCUCAAACAACUCCAGUUUGAACCUAAUGAGGAACAAGAACAGGCGCAGAAGGAACGUAUCAUUGGCGGCGACGUUAUGGAAACCAAAAUGACACUAAGGAAGAAUCAACAGCAGAUUGAACGCACAGUAGCUGAGGACGAUAUUGUCCCUGGUGAUGUCAACAACACAGUGAAGGUGUUCAUGAUGGAACCUGCUCUCUUGCUGGAAAACCUGCAGAAAGAGGAAAUUGUCAAGGGAGAUCUGAGGGCGGCCCUGGACUCACUGACCAAAACUAUUAGCAAGAGAGUCGUGAUAGAGAAAGAGGAAGUGGUGAAAGGGGACCUGCACACCACUCUGAGGUCUUUGGAGGAGGCUCAAAACCAAGCCAAGGAAAUGGAAAAGCCAGAAAUUGUCCGAGGUGAUAUCCGAGGAGCCCUCCAAUCAUUAGAGAAAUCGGCGACCACCAAGACUGAGGUAACUGUUGAGGAUUUAGUGCCCGGCGAUAUCAAAGGCACCUUGAAAUCACUAGAAGAGGCUAAGCAGGCAGUGAAAGAGAUGGAAAAGGAGGAGAUUGUAAAGGGAGACAUUCAUACUGCGCUGAAGGGUUUGCAUGAGGCCUCGAGUGAGAAAAGACUUUACCAGCACCAAGUGAGUGAACAGGGGGACGUGAGAGGCACAAUACAGCUGUUAGUAGAACCAUCCACAUCCCCACGAAUGCAACGCAGGGGAAGCACUGAGGGAGAUGUGAAGACCUCCAUAAAAUGCCUCUACGAAGGGCAGGGGCAGGACCAGGAUGAGGAGCAAUCACAGAUGGAGAAGGAGGAGGUGAUAAAGGGAGAUGUUAAAGGAGCGAUAAAGAAUCUGAUGCAGAGAAAAGAAUAUUCCAAUCGGAAAGUACGAAAGUAUCCUCCCAGGAAAGCUCCCAGAGCUCAUGUGAAAAAUCCAUUACCCACACAGCAAGUGGUGGACCAUGAAUACUCAGAUGUGGCUAAGAAUGAGAACGUCACAGUCAAUCUAGCCCCUGCUGUGAAAAACCUGAGCAGUAAAUCACAGGACACCACACAAAAGCACACUGAGAAGUACACCGAGAACAAAUCAGUGAAGAGAAGCAAGACCCUCACCCAAGAGGAACACUCUAUGACAACACAGGUCCAAACAGUAAAUAUGUUGGAGGACUCACAGCAGGAACAUUCCUCACAGCAGACACAUGUUAAAGAACAGGCUGUGAAACAGAAAAUACCACCACCCCCUAAACCCAUCUUCAGAAACAAGAAAAACGUGAGCAAUCAGAUGACUGAUAAUACAUCAACGAAUCAGAUGAAGGAGAUUAAAGCAGCCAAUCAGAUGACUGAGAAUAAAGCAGCCUCAGACAUAAAUGUGAUGAAAGAAAGACAAAGCACAUCUCAAACUAAUAUUGUUUCAAAGCAAACACAGGAAACAAAAACAAUGAAACAGUUGCAAACAACAGUGACAGAGCAUAAGACUGUCACACAAAAACACAACGUCAAAAAUCUGAAUACAAAUUUCCGGAACCUGGACAUGAAGGGAAAAGGUAUGCUAAAAAAAGGGACGCCUGAGAUUAAUUUCCCCCCUCCUCCCACGUCCCCGCCUCCACCCUCUGAGUCUGAGAUGUCUCUUCCUCCCCCGCCCUCACCAGUGGCAGGCUGCCCAAUGUCCCUGUCAAGCCGUAGCCCAAUGUUUCCCACAUCCCGUCCCCUGAUUAUGAGACAGGACAGUGAUCUUCCGCCUCCACCUCCUCCACCCCCAGUAGAAUGCGGGGAGCCCGACUUUUUCCCUUCUCCCCCUCCCCCACCCCCACCCUCCGUGGCAGGGCAAGACUUUCUUCCUCCACCGCCCUCACAACAAGAGCUAAACUCAAUGCCACACCAAGUGCCUACACCACCACCUGGAAAGCCAUUUAAAGCUAGGCCUUUAUUCAAAAUCCCAAAACCUGAGCCACCCAAGCAACCAAUACUGGUCAAACCAAAAUGGCAGAAAAAGCAAGCAGCACCACCACCGACUCCUCCACCUCCUCAGCCAAUGACAGUUCAAACAGAACAUAAAAAGGAAGGAGUAGUUCAGGAAGUCAAAAGUGAAAUCAGUUGUAAACAGGAAGAAAAUACAAAUACUACCAACACACAGGUUCAAUCUGAUUCUACAGUGUCCAUGACUAAAAUCCCUUCACCAAUCCCAGUGGCAAAACCAUCACAGGAAGAGUUGCCACGACCACCUAAAAAGGUAUUCAUCCCUCCAAUCAAAAUACCCCCACCUGCAGAACUUGCACCAGUGGCAAAACCUAAACCAUAUGCCCGUAAAUUCAAAACCCCACUGAUGCUGGCAGAGGAAAGGUAUCGUGUGCAAAGAGAGGAGGCUGACAGAAACAAGUCACAAGACACAACUCCCGCCACUUCACGAGUCGCAUCUCCCUCCUCUCCUCCAACUAAUAUGAUGCAGAUGAUGGGCUCAACCAAUGUUGCAAGUGAACAACACUCAGUUGCACACAAAACAGAGCAGUCAAAAGUGACCUCAGAGGUAACACAGGCUGAGGAAACUCAGUCUAAAAGCAAAGUAUGCACAGCAUCACAAGAGCCGCCCAUGAAGAAAGCUCUAUCACAUAUCCCCCUGAGCAAACCUUUGAUCUCCAUGGUAAAUAAGAAAUCAACCUCUGAAUCUGGAAAUAUUUCCUCAGAUAAGAAACACAUUACCACUGAUCAGUCCUCUAUGGCCUCUUCUGGGAAAGAACUCACCUCAUCUGUUGCCUCCAGAAAACAUCAGUCUGUUCCCUCUGGCAAGCAUCAGUCUGUUUCUUCUGGCAAGCAUCAGGCUGUUUCAGUCUCUGCUGCUCACCUUCACCAUGAGUUCAACAUUAAAGUCCAAUCUGGCUCUAAUGUGAUUUCGUCCUCAGUAGCUGAGCAGCAGAGUGGUAUGAAUGCUAGCUCACAGUCUAUCAUCUCCACUCAGAGCAUUGUCCAGGAAAAUGUAAAUCUUCAAACCCAAUCCGCCGUAACAUCCGAAGCAGAGGAUGCAAAGAAUACUAACGCCUUACUCACAAAGGAAGUAAAAAAGAUUCCAUCUCAGCCCACCAAAAUCAAAAUUCCAAAAGUGACACCAAAUUUCAAGGUGAGAACAGUGAAGUUGCCAACAGAGAAGAAGGAGGAGAAAAGCGAGGUGGUGGAAAAAGAUCAACGAGCAGUGAAAAAUGAAUUACAUGUACAUCAAACGAGUAUGGAGACUAUUUCUAAGAGUGAGACCAGAGUAGUUCAGGAGAGCACCCAGAUGGCCACCAGUAGCUCAGCAAAAAAUGAAGUAAAGGUGGAGAUGAAUGUGACACAGGAGAAAGCUGAGGAGGUUGAGAAAACUGCAGCUGCCAAGGAAACAACGCUGGAAAUCCAAAUGAAGACAAAGGCAAAGCAGAAAGGCAUUAAAGUCCCUUUGCCCAAAGAGCCAAAGCUAGUUCCCAUGCCAGUAGCUCAAACUCCAGGGCACUGCCACAUAUCUGUCUCCCAUAGUCAACAGAGCAUGCAGGAACAGCACAUUCAGAAGCACGAGCAAGUGAUUGUUAAUGAGAGAGUAGUUCAACAGAGCUUCCAGAAGCAGGAACAGCAGGUUCGCACACAGAAGCAGCAGGUCAAGUCUUUCCAACAACAAGGAGAAGUAAGCAAAAUGCAGCAGCAUCAAGAGAGGUUGAAGGCAGAGUCUAAGGCUGACUCCAUGAACAUUGCAGGGAAGGCAGCAGCACAGACAGAAACAGCUCAAUCAAUGGUGGAAAACACAGCUCAAUCAGUGGAGGAGAGCACAGAUUCAGAGAAAUGUGUAAUGGUACAGAAGCUGCUUUUUAACAUUAAGCAGCUUCAUCCAGGGAACAUGGAUUCAAACUCAGUGAGGACAAUACUUAGUGAGGUCCCUGACUGGUUGAUCAGGGCGGAGGAAAAACGUGAUUUAACACAGGUUGCUGUUCAGCAGAAUAAGAAGAAGCUCACAGAGAUCCUUUUCCGUGUGAGAAACCUAGCACAAGCAAAACUUGUAUUCUUAGAAGGACACAUGGCAGCCAUGGCAAAACAGGAAAGUGAACCGGCACCUGCAUCAUCACCUGCACCACCACCUGCACCAUCACCUGCACCACCACCUGCACCAGCACUUGAAAAGAAAGGAUUUGGAGGAGCAACAGCCAAGAUAUCUAAAAUAAGCAUUGGCUCGUCAAGAGUCGAAACCCAUAAGAAAGUGGUUGAGGAGAAGAAGAUCUCUCAUGAGAGCAAAAAGCCAGAGCUGACUGAAGUAAAAGGUCCUGAUCCCAGAGUUCCCUCUCCCAUGCUUGCAACGCGAACACCUUCACCUACCUUCAUAAGCAUUGAAUCAGUGAGGAGAACAAACUCACCCUUCACAGUGACACCCUCACCUCCUCUGUCAUACAGGUCUGGUGCCACCCCAACCCCACCACCUCCCCCUCCCCGCACCCCUACCUCUCGGUUCUGUAGGGCCACACCCUCUCCCACCUUAAGCCGCUCAGAGAAGCUAGCCAAGUUGAAGGACACCACUGCGAAGCUCUCUCGGGGCAUGACCCCUCCCCCACCCAUGCCUGAGUUUCUGACGACAGAGCAAGCCUCUGACAGAGAGGAUUCCCCAGCGCUGAUUGAACCUGAGAUCCACAUGCAGACACAGGAGAUGGAGACUGGGACAACGACUCCGGAUGUGGCUGAUAUGGUUGACUCCAUGAUGACUGUCAGAGACAAAAAGUUCUUCUUUGAGGAAGCUCAGAAGGCAGAGGUGAGCAGGACUUACAUGCGGAAGGACCCCAUAGAAAUCCCAGAGCGCCUGGGUCCAGAGGAUAUAGAGGAAGUUCCUGAGGGUGUGAAUAUAGACAUAAUGAAAGAGGAUCUCCCUAGGCUUGACCUGUCAAAGCUGGUCAAUCAAUUUGAAUCCCCACAACCAAAGCUGUACAUCAGAAAAGAUCCCAUCAUCAUCACAGAUAGACUGGGAAGUGACACUGAAGAUCCAGAGGCAGACCCCAAAACGCCAAAAACCGAUGAAACACCUGCCUUCAACAUAAAGGCCAUCAAGAAUGCCUUUGACUUGGGUGAUCGUAAUGCUCUCAAAGAAGUGAGAGAGAAACAAGAGGAGAGAGAGAGGAGAGAAUCAGAAUCUGCCGAACCGACGGGGCACUCCAAAACAAAGUCCGUCACUGAGGAGUUCUCUGGCAUGGAUGAAUUUGGCACCGUAACAAGAGGGGUGAGGAGCGAGACCAGCAUGCACUCUGAGAGCCACAUGACCCGCCCCCUCCCUCCCUCCUAUGCCGACGUGGUGAAAGGGACGGUUGAAGAGAUGGCAGUUCCUGUGGAGGCCGCCACCGAGGACCUACUGAAGAGCUUCCACCAGUCCUGGGCCGAAAGCGAGAGUGUGUUCCAGAAUCUGGGAUUCAGUGUCUCAGAACAGAGGACAUCACAGAUCGUAACACACCAGCAGGAGACUGUCGUGACGGAAAAUUCGAGUUCCAGAGUCCGAACUGUGUACGGUGUGUCGGAAGAGGGUGUAUCCGAUGGAGUGUCUGAUCGCAGACAAACACAAUUUCCAUAAAAGCUGCUUCCGCUGUGAGCACUGCAGUGGCAAACUAAGCCUUGGCAACUACGCCUCUCUCCAUGGACGAAUGUACUGCAAGCCCCACUUCAAACAACUGUUCAAGUCCAAAGGAAAUUAUGACGAAGGAUUCGGACAGAAGCCUCACAAAGAC